CACGUACACAGGCGCACACGGGGCCGCGCGCCUGCAUCUCGGGCUGUUUCCCUGGCAGACACGCACAGGCGCUCACGAGUCUCUCCUGGCCACCCUGUAGGGCAGGACCCCCACCUCCCCGCCCCCAGAAACUAAGCCCCAGAGCCCGCCCUUGGCACGCAGCUGUGCCAGCAUCACUGCGGCCUCGGGGACAGCCUCCUGGACCAGACCGUUUUCCGUUUGGAAACCCGGAGAGACGCACUCACGGUAUAUACGGAAUAUUGCAAUCAAAUCUGGGAUCCAUAAGACAUCAUCCCUUUGAACCAAGGGCUUACUUAAUAUUUCAUCUGUCUUUGCUUCAUUUAAAGUAAUAUUUUAAACAUUUUUGCCACAAGGGAGUGAGUCUUCAAUAUUUCCCAUACUUUCCAAUGCCUAAGAACAGCAAGGUGGUAAAAAGAGAAAUAGAUGAUGAGGUUAUUGAAUCCGUCAAAGACCUUCUUUCCAAUGAAGACUCAGCUGAUGAUGCUUUUAAAAAGAGUGAGUUAAUUGUUGAUGUGCAAGAAGAGAAAGACACAGAUGUUGAGGAAGGAUCUGAAGUUGAAGAUGAAAGACCAGCUUGGAACAGUAAACUGCAAUACAUCCUGGCCCAAGUUGGAUUUUCUGUGGGGCUUGGGAAUGUGUGGAGAUUCCCAUACUUAUGUCAAAAGAAUGGAGGUGGUGCAUAUCUUUUGCCAUACUUAAUACUACUUCUGGUAAUAGGUAUUCCUCUUUUCUUCCUGGAACUUUCUGUGGGUCAAAGAAUUCGGAGAGGCAGCAUUGGUGUAUGGAAUUACAUAAGUCCUAAACUGGGCGGGAUUGGAUUCGCAAGUUGCGUAGUGUGCUAUUUUGUGGCCCUCUACUACAAUGUUAUUAUUGGCUGGACUUUGUUUUACUUUUCUCAAUCUUUUCAGCAACCACUUCCUUGGGAUCAGUGUCCAUUGGUCAAAAAUGCUUCACAUACAUUUAUAGAGCCAGAAUGUGAGAAAAGCUCUGCCACUACAUAUUACUGGUACCGAGAAGCACUGGAUAUUACCAGCUCGAUUUCAGAAAGUGGGGGCUUAAACUGGAGGAUGACUGUCUGCUUGCUGGCUGCCUGGGUCAUGGUUUGCUUAGCCAUGAUCAAAGGCAUUCAGUCUUCUGGAAAAAUCAUGUAUUUUAGUUCUCUGUUCCCUUACGUCGUACUUACAUGCUUCCUCAUUAGAGCCCUCCUUUUAAAUGGUUCAAUUGAUGGCAUUCGACACAUGUUCACACCUAAGCUGGAAAUGAUGCUGGAGCCCAAGGUCUGGAGAGAAGCUGCUACUCAGGUGUUCUUUGCCCUAGGUCUGGGAUUUGGUGGUGUCAUUGCCUUCUCAAGCUACAACAAGAGAGAUAACAACUGCCACUUUGAUGCUGUUCUGGUGUCUUUCAUCAAUUUUUUCACUUCUGUCCUGGCAACAUUGGUGGUGUUUGCAGUUCUGGGGUUCAAAGCAAAUAUCGUGAAUGAAAAAUGCAUUGCACAAAAUUCGGAGACGAUCAUAAAAUUUUUGAAAAUGGGAAACAUUAGUCAGGAUAUCAUUCCUCAUCACAUCAAUCUUUCAGCUGUGACUGCCGAGGACUAUCAUUUAGUGUACGAUAUUAUUCAGAAAGUAAAAGAAGAAGAGUUCCCUGAUCUCCAUCUCAACUCCUGUCAAAUCGAAGAUGAGCUAAACAAAGCUGUUCAGGGGACCGGGUUAGCUUUCAUUGCCUUCACGGAAGCCAUGACACAUUUCCCUGCAUCUCCUUUCUGGUCAGUGAUGUUUUUCCUCAUGUUGAUAAACCUUGGGCUUGGCAGCAUGUUUGGAACCAUUGAAGGAAUCAUUACUCCUAUUGUGGACACUUUCAAAGUGAGGAAGGAAAUUCUGACUGUUAUUUGUUGCCUUCUUGCGUUUUGCAUUGGCCUGAUAUUUGUGCAGCGCUCUGGAAACUACUUUGUUACAAUGUUUGAUGAUUAUUCUGCUACAUUGCCUCUGCUAAUUGUAGUCAUCUUGGAGAACGUUGCUGUCAGCUUUGUGUAUGGCAUAGAUAAGUUUAUAGAGGACCUAAAGGAGAUGUUGGGCUUUCCUCCAAGCAGAUACUAUUAUUACAUGUGGAAGUACAUUUCCCCUCUCAUGCUGCUUUCCCUGCUGACCUCUAGCAUUGUGAACAUGGGAUUAAGUCCUCCUGGGUAUAAUGCAUGGAUUGAAGAUCAGGCAUCUGAGGAGUUUCUGAGCUACCCUGUGUGGGGAAUGACUGUGUGCUUCUCUCUGAUGGUCCUGGCAAUACUUCCCGUCCCAGUCGUCUUCAUUAUCCGUUGCUGCAGUCUGAUAGAUGAUUCUUCUGGUAACUUGGCAUCUGUGACCUAUAAAAGAGGAAGGGUCCUGAAAGAGCCAGUCAAUUUAGAGGGAGAUGAUGCAAGCCUCAUUCACGGAAAGAUACCCAGCGAAAUGUCAUCUCCCAAUUUUGGUAAAAAUAUUUAUCGGAAACAGAGUGGGUCACCCACGCUGGACACUGCUCCCAAUGGACGUUACGGAAUCGGCUAUUUGAUGGCAGACAUGCCUGAUAUGCCAGAUAUGCCUGAGUCUGACUUGUAGCUUGGGCAAAAGCACAGGUUAUGUUUGGUUCAUUUGUUUGCUCAAUGAACCGUGGCUCUAUGGUGCGAAGCGUCGGGCUUCACUUACGGAGGGCGAUCUCAGGCGUCCCUGGCUGUUGUCUUUAAUCCCGACAGUUUAAGACAGUCCAAGCAAAGUGUUGCUUUGAGUUCUUUGGUUUAAAUCUACACACAGAGGAUUAUGAACAAAACUUACAAUGACAGAGGUCCAUGUUUGUUGGGAUUUUUUAAAAAAAAAUAUUUUUGGCGUAUUUUCCAACAUUUCUAUCUCUUAUAAAACAAACAAAAAAGGUUUUACCUCAGUUUCUAAUAAUUUCUCGAUUGAAUAGUAUUGGCAAUCCAAAAAUGAAUAUACCUUAUAAAUUUGCCUUCAGGGUAACUCCCAGUAUUAAAAUGAGCAGCUGUGUGAGUUGGUGCCUAUCAGGAUAUUUCCAUGAUAUAUUAUGUAUAUAGGCUGGAUUUAUUUUGGAAGCAUUGAAAACAUGCUUAGGCACUUAGCUGAAGAAACCUGCAGAUUAUUUUCUUAUGUAAUAGCUGUAUAGAGCAAUAGUAUCAAAGAAUAGGAAUGUACUCAUGUUGAGAUGAAAGGUCACACUGAGAGGUGUUUGAGGAUCAUGGCUGUAUAUUUUGUGUAAAAUAGAUGUUUGAAAAUGAUCUAAGAAUGAGUCAUACCACACUCUCAAGAAUUAUGCAGACUCUGCAUUUUUUCCUAUGCCGUGUGCCUAAAAAUCUACUUAAUAUUUAUUGUCGUUUCAAGCUUACCUAUAGUAUAUUUAUACAAUAUACUUGCAAUGUAUAUAGAUGUACAUUAGUACUCUAAGUACUGAUUUAAAAACUUGAAGCAAGAUGGCAUUUUAUUUCACAGAUUUCUGUUUUGCUUCUGUUUUAUGCA